AUGGAUCACAGCUCGGCAGAAAGCCCAGCAUGCAAGGUCUCAAUGCUAUGGAAUUGGAACACCGUCGAUGCGUGCUUCCUUGCUGAAUCAUGGCAAAUCAAGAACCACGGCAUGAUGGCUGCAUCGUGCAUUGGCGUUGUCCUUCUCGUCGUGGCCCACGAAUGCCUACGACGACUCGGCAAAGAGUAUGAUGGCAUUAUCUUGCGACAGGUACAGCGCCAAGUUGCCAAUCUCUCGGCAGAUUUCCAGUCUUCCGAAAAGGGCAAAAGACUCUGUGCCACAGAACCGUCCGCAUGUGCCUCGCCUCCCCAGGCUCUCACGUUCCGAGCGUCGCCGCUCCAGCAAUUGGCCCGAGCCAUCAUCCACGCCGUCGCAUUUGGCGUGGCAUACAUUAUCAUGCUGCUUGCCAUGUACUUCAACGGUUAUGUUAUCAUCUCAAUCAUCAUUGGGGCUGGUCUGGGCAAAUUUUUGUGUGAUUGGUUUGUCGUCAGGAUUCAGAUUGGUGGGACAGGCGUUGGUGAAGGUGAAGGGUCAAAGGGUAUUGACGAGACAACCGUAUGUUGUAGCUGA